CAUACUCCACUGCAGUAUUGGAAGCCACAUGGCAACCAUUGUUCAAAUUUCCAGUCUAGUUGGCCUGAAGACAUGCCAGGCACGUGGUGUGGUGCCCAAGAUCCAGAUGAGCUGGAGGAGGGAGAUCGCAGCUUGACCAGAUUUUGUGGAGGUUACCCUAUCUCUUUUGUAGGCUCGCUUCUCUUAUAUGCGGAUGAAAUAUCUUUUCUUCUCCUGGCUGGCUGUUUUCGUGGGAAGCUGGAUUAUAUAUGUGCAGUAUUCUACCUAUACAGAACUAUGCAGGGGAAAGGACUGUAAGAAAAUAAUAUGUGAUAAGUACAAGACUGGAGUUAUUGAUGGGCCUGCAUGUAAUAGCCUCUGUGUUACAGAAACUCUUUAUUUUGGAAAAUGCUUAUCCACCAAGCCCAACAAUCAGAUGUAUUUAGGGAUUUGGGAUAAUCUACCAGGUGUUGUGAAAUGUCAAAUGGAACAAGCACUUCAUCUUGACUUUGGAACUGAAUUGGAACCAAGAAAAGAAAUAGUGCUAUUUGAUAAGCCAACUAGAGGAACUACUGUACAGAAAUUCAAGGAAAUGGUCUACAGUCUCUUUAAGGCAAAGUUGGGGGACCAAGGAAACCUCUCUGAACUGGUGAAUCUCAUCCUGACUGUGGCUGACGGAGACAAAGAUGGCCAAGUGUCCUUGGGAGAAGCAAAGUCAGCAUGGGCACUUCUUCAGUUGAAUGAAUUUCUUCUCAUGGUGAUACUUCAAGAUAAAGAACAUACCCCUAAAUUAAUGGGCUUCUGUGGUGAUCUCUAUGUGAUGGAAAGUGUUGAAUAUACAUCUCUUUAUGGGAUAAGCCUCCCAUGGGUCAUUGAACUGUUUAUUCCAUCUGGGUUUCGAAGAAGCAUGGAUCAGUUGUUCACACCAUCUUGGCCUAGAAAAGCUAAAAUAGCCAUAGGACUUCUAGAAUUUGUGGAAGAUGUUUUCCAUGGCCCCUAUGGAAACUUCCUCAUGUGUGAUACUAGUGCCAAAAACCUAGGCUACAAUGAUAAGUAUGAUCUGAAAAUGGUGGAUAUGAGAAAAAUUGUGCCGGAGACAAACCUGAAAGAGAUGAUCAAAGAUCGUCACUGUGAGUCUGACUUGGACUGUGUCUAUGGCACGGAUUGUAGAACUAGCUGUGAUCAGAGUACCAUGAAAUGUACUUCAGAAGUAAUACAACCAAACUUGGCAAAAGCCUGUCAGUUACUCAAGGACUACCUACUGCGUGGUGCUCCAAGUGAAAUUCGUGAAGAAUUAGAAAAACAACUUUACUCUUGUAUUGCUCUCAAAGUCACAGCCAAUCAAAUGGAAAUGGAACAUUCUCUAAUACUGAAUAACCUAAAAACAUUAUUGUGGAAGAAAAUCUCCUACACAAAUGACUCUUAAGUUUGUUACCAUUAUAGGAAACUUGCCACCUCUAAAGAACAAUUUUGAACAUUUUUUAAAAAGGCUUCAGAUCCCUGGUAAUUAAACAAAACUUACUUCUCCUGGGCCCAAGAAACCAUAUCUUAAGUACAUGAGAUUGCCGAAGCAAUAGCAGGAAGUAUAAGAUCAACAGGUCUGAAAGAUUUCAUUCCUGCCCUUUUAGAAGCCCUGUUCCAGUUCCCAAGUACAUUCACUGUGUAACUAUUUUGACUGACUUAAAAUGCUGUGAAAAGCCUCAUUCCAUAAACAUCGAGUGUUUUGUAGACUGUUGGCCAAAUUACUACUGCCAGAAACAUUGUUUUGCAUUGAAGCUGCUGUCUAAAAAAGAAAAUUUAUACAUAAAUUUUACUAAUGUCUUAGCAUGGUAAAGUUUGCACAUUACAAAACUGCAAAACAGAUAAAUUAAAGUCCUGCCUUUGUAAACAAAUGUUGAGUUAAUAGCAUGGUUUAUUAUAUUUUAGACUUAGACAUUUUUAAACUCAUUCCAACAUCUUAUGUGUAACUUCAGAACAUUUCCAUGAAUGGCUCUUACUUCUGGAGUGUUCCUUUUAGUGGCCAAAACUGAACAUUCAUCAGCCUUAAGAUUCAAUGGGUGAUCUACCUUAGUACCUACCAGCCAACCUAGCUCUUCCAAACUGGAGUCUUUUUUUUUUUUGAGAGGUUUUUGCUAUAGGACGCGUGCGCUCGCCAGAGAUAGAUAUAGACAGAAAGCGAGAAAUCACCCCCCAG